UCUAUUUCCUCGGCCAUUUAUUGUGAAGAGAAUAUAAAUUGAAGGACUCUAUUACAUGAUUUAUCAGUUCACAUACUUAAUUGCAACGUUGAGAUAGAUAGUCCUGUAGGUCUCUCUUCCUCCUCUCUACCAGAACAAUGGCAAAAAGGCUAGAUGGCAAAGUAGCAAUUAUCACUGGAGGUGCAAGUGGGAUCGGAGCAAGCGCAGUCCAACUCUUCCAUGAACAUGGUGCCAAGGUCGUCAUUGCUGAUAUACAAGACAAGCUAGGCCAUGACCUCGCCGACAAGAUAGGAGAAAAUGUCAGUUACAUCCAUUGCAAUGUGUCGAAUGAAGAUAACGUUCGCAAUCUUAUUGACACCACCAUAGCUAAACAUGGACAGCUUGAUAUAAUGUAUAGCAACGCCGGCAUCAUAGACGGAGUCGUUUCGAGAAUCCUGGAUUGCACAAAGUCAGAUAUGGAGAGAGUUCUUGGUGUUAAUUUGGUGGGUGCUUUCCUAUGCGCCAAACAUGCUGCAAGGGUCAUGAUACCACAGCGCAAGGGCUGCAUAAUAUUCACGGCAAGUGCUACAACAGCAAUUGCAGGAAUAUCGAGCCAUGCUUAUGCAGCAUCAAAAUGUGGACUUUUGGGGCUAUGUAGGAACUUGGCAGUAGAGCUUGGACAAUAUGGUAUAAGAGUAAAUUGUGUGUCACCUUAUGCCGUGGUAACAGGUAUCUCAGGACCCAUGAAUGAAGCUGAUUCCCGCAACCUUGAAAUGGCAUUAAGUGAUACUAGUUUAUUGAAGGGUCAAGUGCUAAAGGCAGAAAGUGUGGCAAAGGCUGCACUCUACUUGGCUAGUGAUGAUGCAAAUUAUGUGUGUGGUCUCAACCUUCUGGUGGAUGGAGGAUAUAGUGUGGUGAAUCCUGUCUUGAUGAACUUCAUGAAUAAGCAAUCGGGGAAUUAGCUUCUUCUAUUGAGUUGUUGAUGCUUGUUUUAUGGAAAAGUUGAAUUUCUCACCAUCUGCUAUAGCUAUAUACUGAAAAUAAAAGGCGUUCCCCUAUGUAGGCGUCAGCCCACAGGUCUUUUUUGCUGGCUUUUCUCAGGCUGGGGGAGCACAAAGCUCAGCAACCAGGGCCAGUGGCAUCCUAAGAGCGCGCAGUAGUUGUUGGUCUCCUUUUUAUAUUUUGUUGUCAUGUAUUCCAGUAGUACUGUUGAUUAUAAACGUACUUUCCAAUAAAUUAGCAGUCGGCCAUCUAUAGAAUUGGUGUAAAAACCAUAUCUUAAUGAUCAUCCUUUUUCAAUAUGCA